UUUCACAGUGUUUGAUUAUAUAUCACAACAUCCAAGCAAAUAUUUUUUAACAAAGAAUCAAGAAGUAAAUAACAUGCUUACUCCUCGAUUCUUUGUUAAAAAAAAUGGUUGCUUGGAUGUUGUGAAACAUGCCAU